UCCUUUGCUUAGUGGGCGCGUCUAGUUUCUGUCUGACAGCAGAGGAGGGCGGUACGUACCAAUUCCCCUCACAGGGGUGUUCCGCGGCGGUUGCGGAGGCCCAUAGUGAAGUGUGAAGUUGGGAUGUGAGGCAGAAUGACAUCCCCGGCUAACCCUGCUCCUCCGCCUGGAGCUGCCUGGGAAACGGCGGGUGCAGCUAAGGGUCCGUGACGUCACCGAGCCGCAAGGUUGCGAAUAUAUGACAUCAUCUGUGACCCUACUGCAGGAAGAAAAUACAAAGUGGCAUAGUAUUCCUGCACAGAAAAUCUGUUAAUUAAGCCGCUGAAGAAACACUGAAUGCAGAGCAGACACGAGCAUGGUGCAGAACACCCACAUGUUGGAUCAAUGAAGUUUACACGAAGGAGCACCAGUGCACUGAAUAGUGGUCUGCAGUGCUAAAACUUUGAGAAGGGACUCAUUUAUAUGACUGCAGUGAACACUUUGCAGUUACCAAGCACUGUUUAAAAAGAUACAUUCAAAGACUAUGUUAAAGUUUGGAAGAGGAAUGAAGAGAUAAAAAUGGCUAGACUCAAAUUUUCUAAAAAGUUUAAAUUUGUACUAGACGACUUCCUGCUUGUCCUGCGGUUUAAAUGACUUAUUAUGGAUUACAAAAACUGAAACUUGGAUUCUUUUUUUUUUUUUUUUUAUUUCAUUUCACAAAAGACUAAAAGUGACUAAAAGUUAAAAAAAAAAACUAUUUUCUGCUCUUAAGCUUUGCUUUCAGGAGUUGCAAUGCAAGUUUUAAGCAACUCUUACCAUGAUUAUUAGUCCGUGCUGUCCCCCAGGACUUUACAAACCUAGGACUGGGAGCCUUUGUUGUAGGUAAUGGAGCCAGAGAAAAGCCAGAAGAGCACAAGGAAGUUGGAGGAAGGUGUGAGGAAAAGGCUGUCCAAAGAAGAGGCUUUACAGGUCCCAUCAUCUCCAGCAGGCUUACCUUCUAAGCCGCCAGGGGAAGUUGUUGUACAACAGAGUUUUCCAAGCUCCUUAAAAAUUCCAAGAGAGGGACCCCCCAGAAGGGUAGGGAGGCCGUGCAAACCCAAAGGUCCACUCAGUGAACAGCUGUCAAAGUCACAGACAACAUCACCAGCAUUUAUGGCUCCCCGGGCUGCACCAGAUCAUAGCCUUGAAGGGUCGACAUGGCAAGUUGUAGAUCCAAUACAUCCAGGUCCAUCCAGUUCCUAUUCUGCCCUACAUGCCAGGAUUACCUGUCCCACAGAGGACCCUUCUCAGAAAACUUAUCUUCACCGACCAACUGAGGUUUCUGUUAAACAAGGAGAGGAACCCCACAAAAAAGAAAAGAAGCCUCAAAAACCAGGCAAAUAUAUUUGUCAGUACUGCAGUCGGCCAUGUGCCAAGCCCAGUGUUCUCCAAAAACAUAUCAGGUCUCAUACAGGGGAGCGUCCAUACCCCUGCAUUCCAUGUGGAUUUUCUUUCAAAACAAAAAGCAAUCUGUACAAACAUAGGAAAUCUCAUGCUCACAGAAUAAAAGCUGGUCUGGCCUCAGAAACUGGAGGAGAGAUGUAUCCGCCCUGUUUAGAGAUGGAGCAACUAGGAGGUGAGGAAAUUGAUUAUCCUACUGAAGGAGAAAGCACAGAUUCUGAGGAAGAGACAAGCACAAUGUUAAGCCUAACAGAGCUCUCUCCACGACAAAAGCAAUGUCAUUCAUCCUUUAUAGUAGGCCAGAAAGUUUUGAGCCAUGAACUUACUUCUGUACCACAUCCAUCUGUAUCCAUAAAACCAGAGGAGUUUACUCAAUUUGGAGACCCCUCCAUGGAUCCUCUUCAUAAAUCAGAAGACACCCAUACCAUAAAACAGAAACUAGCCUUGAGGCUUAGUGAGAGAAAAAAGGCAAGUGAAGAGCAGAUGUUUCUCAGCCCAGGGAGCAAAGGAAGCACAGAAUCAGGUUAUUUUUCACGUUCAGAAAGUGCAGAACAGCAGCUUAGCCCGCCCAACACCAAUGCUAAAUCUUAUGCAGAAAUAAUUUUGGGAAAAUGUGGAAGAAUUGGGCAAAGAUCGACAAUGACUACACCUGCUCUUCAGCAAGGACCUACUGAAGAAAAGCCAAGUAUAGGGCCUAUAUCAGUGCCCAGGACUCAGGUCAUUGAACACAUCACCAAGCUCAUUACUAUUAAUGAGGCUGUGGUAGAUACCAGUGAGAUUGACAGUGUAAAACCAAGGCGAAGCUCACUAUCAAGACGGAGCAGUAUAGAAUCUCCAAAAGCUGCUUUGUAUCGAGACCCUUUCCAGUUUGAUCCAAAAUGCCUACCCGAAAAAACAAAAGGUGAGCACUCAUUUUUAUCACUUAAGCAAUCUCAUAGUGCCACAGAGACUGUGCCUCUUCUCCGAAGCCACUCAAUGCCUUCCUCUGCCUGCACUAUAAGCUCUCCACACACUUUCCGAGCAAGCUACUCAUUUGAUGACAGGAUUGUUGAACCUGCAGUCUCGAGCCAAAGCCACGUCUUCUCCUCACACCCACGGCUUCUGAAGAGACAACCAGCAAUUGAGCUGCCUUUGGGAAUGGAGUACACCUCAGAGGAAUGUAGCUCAGUAAUUAAAGAUACCCCAUGCAAGCCAUCAGAUGAACUGGAAGUUAAAGAAAGUGAGCUUUCUAAAAAGUCAGGGAAAGUUGGAAGAGCCAAGGGCUUGUAUGAAUGUAAUAUUUGUGGUGCUCGUUACAAGAAAAGGGGCAACUACGAAACUCAUAAGAAAUACUAUUGCUCAGAACUGCAGACUUUAAAACCACAAAUUGCUGGUGAUCAAGGGUCUGUGGAAACAAGAAAAGGAUUUACAGAACAUGAAAAAUGGCCUCAUAUGCUCCAUUAUAAAGUCAGUCCAGGCCUAGAGCAGUCUACUAUAAGGAAAAGAAGAAUAGUGAAGAGUCCAGGUGAUGAUGAAGAAAGUCAAUCUUUUGAUAUGCCUGAGAGUCAGGCAACUUCUGUAGCACCAGGAUCCCCCUUCACAUUAUCAGAUAGAGCUUUAAACAUACAUAGGGAUGCUGGGAAGACAGCCACAGAUUAUAGUGAAUCAGUUUCAGUGUCUGAUGUGCAGUGUCGAAUGCCAGCCUUGGAGAGUAAAGAAAAGGCUGUCCUCUCUAAAGAAAUAUCAGUUAUCCAGCAUACCAGUUCCUUUGAGAGAUCAGAGUCAAUGGAACAACUAAGCAGUUUUGAUGAGGAAGAUAAACCAGCAGCACUAGCAUCUUUAUGUUCUGCAAGACACACUCCUCACUCAUUGCAGCCUAGACUGGUUCGUCAGCACAACAUUCAGGUACCAGAAAUUUUAGUAACAGAGGAACCAGAUAAAUCCGAAACAGAUCUUGAGCCACCUCCCAAAGAGCAGGGAAAAGCAGAAGAAUUCCAGUGGCCUCAGAGAAGUCAGACACUCUCUCAGCUACCUGCAGAGAAACUUCCUCCAAAAAAGAAGAGACUGCGCUUAGCAGAGAUGACCCAGUCCUCUGGAGAAUCCAGCUUUGAAUCUAUGUCCCUUACAAGAAGUCCAAGCCAAGAAAGCAGUGUUUCCCAUGCCUCAAGCCGUUCGGUUUCAUUUGAAAGGGAGGAGGGCUUUAAGGCUGAGAUGCAAUGUCAAACAUCUGAGUCACCUUCUAAGUCUCAGGGUCAUCAUAUGCUAACUGUGCCCUCACAUCAUCAUCAUGCAAGAGAGAUGAGAAGAUCUGCAUCAGAACAGACUCCUAAUGUGUCUCAAACACCUCAGAUAUCAGAAAACAGAAGCAAAUCUUUUGAUUAUGGAAAUUUAACAUCCCCAGCUUCAACAUCCAGUCCUACUGCUCAGGAAAGGAGAAAAUGCUUUUCCAUCCGUCAGACUUCCCUUAGUAAACAUGUAGCACAUGAACCUGAUAUGAUGCUCAGAGACUGGAGUGAAACAGAGCAGCCAUCUUCAUCUAGCCAUAUCAUUGCUAAAAGUGUUUUCUAUCAGUCUUCUGUCACUUCACAAAAGGAUCAGAAGAGUGAUUCUCCUCAACCAAAACAAACUCCUAAAGCAGUUCAGCCCAAUACUGAAUUACAAGAGAAAGCCUGUUUAUCACAUCAGCUUCCUGUUUUACCACAUCCCCUAAUACUACCUAAACAAUCUUCAGAGCUUUUUCCUUCUCAGCCACUGUCUGAUAUUCUUUCUGCUCCAUUUUCUCUUCCUUCAGUUACUCCAUCUGUCUUUCACAGACCACCUAUUGCACUACUUCACCCAGAUCAUCUUCAGAUACCACAUCAUCUAAAUGAACAAACUAUGGGUACUUCUUUCAGACAGCUGCCUCCAUAUGUACACUUGCCUUAUCCAGGAUCCUCACCAUUUUCACCAACUUUAUUUAUUCCAGUACAACCCCAGUUUGCUUUGUCAACUCCAACUGAAAUUGAAGGACAUUAUUCUCAGUUAAAAUCAGUUAUCCCCCCUCCCAUUGGUGUAUCUAGUGUAUCACCACACAAAGAUUAUUUCUCUGAGGCACUGCAUUGCCCAUCUCACAGUCCACUCACUUCAGAGCCUUCUUCUCAGGGGGUUACUGUACAUUCAGAUCCAGUGGUUUCGCUUGUGGUUCCUGUGAGACUUCAAACACAUAUGCCGUCCAUUGGUAGUGCAAUGUAUACCACUCUUUCUCAAAUCUUAGUUACCCAUUCACAUUGCAGUCCAUCUGCAUUAGUUAUACAGAGGCUUGAGAACCAGUCUGAAGGAUCUCAUGGCUCUAAUUUGGCACAUAUUUUACCAGUACAUCAGGAUAAUCUCCUUCAAACACCCUAUCUUAGGGUGCCAUUUACAAAGGUGGAAACCACCCACUAUAUGCCACUUGCAUCAUCUUCUGAAAGUGCACUGGGAUCAGAUCUAAGCUCUGCAUCUGUUGGGGGCAGUAAACGAAUGUUAUCUCCUGCUGGCAGCUUGGAACUUACAAUGGAGACUCAGCAGCAGAAGAGAGUGAAAGAGGAAAAUGUCCCAGAAGAGGGGGGGCACUGUGAGAUGUUGAAGGCACAAGAUGAAGGUAGAACAGUAAGCACUGAUACAGUUGUCAGCUUAGCAAAAGGCAGGCUAGAGCAGUUGCCAUCCUGCCAAGCCAUCCAUGAGGAUUCAUCACCAAAAGCCAGCAGCAAAAGUCUAUCUCCAACACUUGCAGGCCCAUCCCACACCAAGUCACCUGAGGAAUAUAAAGAGCAGAUAUAUUCAUGUAAAAUAACUGUUAAAACAGAACAUCCUGAGGAACUUGUUGAACCCCUUUCCACAUACACUUCUUUGAGCACCAGGGUACCGGUCAACCUUUAUGUGCCGGGUGGAUCAGAAGUUACAGAAACUAAAAAGGUGCAGACUUUCCCUACUCUGCACACAACCACUAAUGUCAGUUGGUGCUACUUGAAUUAUGUUAAGCCAAAUCAUGCCCAGCAAACCGACCGAAGGGCUUCUGUUUACGGUAGCUGGUGCAUCAGUCUGUACAACCCCAACCUUCCAGGCAUAUCCACAAGGGCAGCACUCUCCCUGCUAAGGUCCAAGCAAAAGACUAGCACUGAGAUCUAUACAACAGCCGAUACCACACACUCUGACACAGAUUUGGUUGUGCCCUCCAGAGUCCGAAAACCCAAAAUGACAGAGGCUCACUUACCCCCUCGUGUGCAGAAGGAAGUACCAAAUGCAGAAAAGGAGGAAGACAAGAGAGGAAAGCCAGAGGAUACAGGGCCAACUGUCAGGCGGAGUGAACCAGCACGCAUUCGGAUAUUUGAAGGAGGGUACAAAUCCAAUGAGGAGUAUGUCUAUGUAAGAGGUCGCGGACGAGGGAAAUACGUGUGUGAGGAGUGUGGAAUUCGAUGCAAGAAACCAAGCAUGCUAAAAAAGCAUAUUCGUACCCACACUGACCUCCGACCCUAUGUUUGCAAACAUUGUAACUUUGCUUUUAAAACCAAAGGGAACUUGACUAAACACAUGAAAUCCAAAGCACAUAGUAAAAAGUGCCAGGAACUAGGACUGCUGCCACCAUCCCAAGCAGAGCUGGAUGCAGAAGAAGGGACCAGUGAUGAACGAUGGCAGGAUAGUGAUUUGCUUGAAGAGCACCAGUUCUCAGACUUUGAGGACUCUGACGAUGAUGAAGAUUCUGAUGAAGAGGACGAUGAGGAAGAAGAUGAAGAGGAAAGCCAGGAAGAAAAGCACCCUUCACCAACAGUGAGAGACUCUCCUAAUGAACCUACACAAGAUCCUGAGACUGCAGGAAGUUCUCCAGCAUACCAGUUCUCCCCAAAUCCCUUUCCCACUGUAGAGGCCCCUGAGAAAGACAACCGAGCAAGGAGCUUUGACUUGCCUGCCUCCCGAGAUACUUUGUCUUGUAGGCGAUGGUCUCCUGGCAAGGAAGUAUCAGGAUGCAGUAGGCCAGGUCCUUCAAGGAGGCAUCUUUUACAAAAGAGAGAAACCUCGCCAAAAUGCUUUUCGACAACUGGUUGUCCUUCACCCCGCAGGGGCAUGUCACCAUGCCAACGAUUGGCAUCUGCAAAAGAAGUUUCUCCUUUGCGGUGUAUUUCCCCUCGACACCUGUCUCCGCAUCGAGAUCUAUCACCAAGGACCUACAUGUCACCUGAGCGUGGGGCCUCCCCACCAGUGAGACAUAUUUCCCCAAGUAGAGAGUUGACAGGUCUUCAGUGCACAACUCUUAGACCUGGACUCGCUUCACCACCUCGUUAUGCAUCCCCUGGAAGGGAUGAGCAGCAACUAAGUAGAUCAGAGACUCAGACACACAUUAAAGUUCAGCAAGGGUUUUUUUCAUCCCUGGCUCUACCUCAUCGGACUUCUGAGGCUGCAUGCAACAAACAGAAGUUGGGACCAUCUAAUUUCCCAGUCAUGUUAAGACCCCUCUGCUCACAGCUUACACCUCACUACCUGGCAAGAAGUGCAGAAAACUUGUUCACCCACCUACCGCUGCACUCUCAGCAUCUGCAAAGAACCCCUUACCCAAUGAUACCAAUUGGGGGCAUCCAAAUGGUUCAGGCGCGACCUAGCCCUCACCCAGAACUGUUGGGGCAAUCAUUCUUUGAACCACAACCUGGAGAUCUUGAAGCAGUGCCAUUUGAACAGCAGCACCAAGAAGAAAAUGAUGAACAAAUCAGGACUAGCAGGAAAGAGGAGGCAAAAGACAGGGUAAUACCCCCUAUCAGCACAGCCCCAACAGUUUCUCCCUCAAGCACUUACUGCCAAACAGCUUCCACCCCUCCUCAGCCUGAGAUGUCCCAAGCUGAAACUGACCUAUGCCAUGGGGAGCAUGUGGGAGAAGGAUGACUGGACACCUUUGAUAGGGAACACCCUCCUUUAAAACUCUCCUUAUGAUAUCUUGUAUGUUCAGGAUAUAGGGUGAUCUUUUCAAGAUACAAGAAAGAAACCCCUUUAGGAGAAAAGAUUAUCCUAGGAUAUGGAAUAUGGAUCCUGUAAAGGAUAUAUAGUAGGAAUCCUAGGAUGUAUGAUAAUGGGCUUGUGAAGUUAGUUAAGGAUCUGUUAAGGAUACAUGGAAAGAAUCCUCGAAUAAGCAGGCGAGUUUUGGUUGCACAGUGUUUGGAUUAUAGAGUGAGAAUACUGUGGUAUGGGAUGGCAGUCCUUUCAGUAUAAAGGGCAUUUCCUAGGUCUGGAAUAAAGGUCCCUUGUGGAUAUAAGAUCGACAGCCUAGGUUACAAGAGAGACUUUCUUAUAGAAUAUGGGAUGGAUAUCCAUGGUACGGAAAAGGGAUCAAUUUAGGAUUUAAAGUAAGGAUGCUUAUGGUACAGUUUACCAAUCCUUUUAAAAUUAUGUUAGGAUUAUAAUAGACAUCCUGGAUCUUUUUUUAAUCUACAACAUGAAUUAUUUUAGGAACACAGAGAAGUUCUGCUUCUUCCCAUUCUUGGCUUGGAGAGAGUGACUACCUUCAUUUCAUUCCAUUUAGCUCUCUUCCUUUCCCCUUAGUACACUACUCCCUCUUUCAUAUGCAGUUUAUCUGUGCCUUUUAUAACCAAUUUGCUUUUAAAAUGCAAAUCACAAUAAUCCUACAAGGAAAACGGAACUUUCAAUGCUGUGAAAUAAUGUGAAAUAUUUGUAUCAUGCACCCAUUCGUAAGAAACAAUUAGGUGGGAAUACAUUCUGUGACUACCCUGCUCUGGGAGCCCCACCCAUUGUUACUUUAAUGUGAUAUUGAGAUCUGGGUAGGACGUGCACUGAAAAAUUUAAGGUGUUUUAUUUGAAUUAUUUUUAUUUCUAACAUAUA